AUGCACUUCACCGUCCUUGCCAUCACCAGCCUUCUCGGCCUCACUCUCGCAACCCCCAACACACCCAGCCUCCUCAACAAGCGCGACAAAUUCGACAAGUGCUCUGUCUUCGGCAGCAACUGCGCCACUCAGGACCAGCGCUUCUGCGACCCCGACACCGGCAAGAUCUCCGUCUGCCACGCCUUCGGCGACGACUGCUGGGUGCGCUACACCAUGGACUCGUGCGCCUCCAAGCGCGAAGCCGAGCCUGCGCCUGCGAUCGAGAAGCGCGACAGGUUCAACAAGUGCUCCGUCUUCGGGUCUGUCUGCGACGUCGACCGCAACGAGUUCUGCGACUCCAACACGGGCAAGAUGAGCGUGUGCCACCAGAUUGGCUGGGGCAGCGGCGAGUGUUGGAUCAGGUAUACGAUGGACGCGUGCCCGGCGAAGCGCGAGGCGACGCCUGAGCCAGAGGCUGUCGUGGAGAAGCGCGAGCCUGUUGAGAAGCGCGACCUUUUCAACAAGUGUUCUGCCUUUGGUGCGGACUGCGCGGUUGAUGACAACGUGUUCUGCAAGAAUGGACGUAAGAGCAUCUGCCACCAGGUCGGGUGGGGGACGGAGGACUGCUGGAUUCAGUACACUGCUCAGGCUUGCUGA